AUGGCCGAGGAGGACGACCUAUACUAUCUUCAAUCGGGUUUCGACCUGAACAGCCUUACUAUCCCUCGCAUCCGCUCGAUCCUUGUCGCGCAAAAUGUCCACUAUCCAUCUUCAGCAAAGAAGGGUCGACUGCUAGAGAUCUUAGAGAACGAGAUCCUACCACAGAGGGAGAAGCUGCUACGUGCGCAAGCUAGAGUUCGGCGCACAAGCAAAGGCAUAACGGAUGUUCCCAGCAGUCAAGCAGAAACAAUUGACGGCGACCAAGAUGAUGACAGACAAUUGAUGCCACCUCCACCCCCUCCGAAAACGCCGCGAAGCAGGAAAAGCAAGUCGGACCUCAAUGCCGGCAACGCUGCCACCCCAGCUCCUUCGACUUCUAAGCGAACAAAAACCCCCAGCAGAAGAAGCACAACCAGAACGCCCCGCGCGUCUGACACUGAACCAGAAGUGGAGAAAACUACCAUCCGCAGACCGCGAAAGAGCGCACCCUCUGAACCUGUCCUAGAACCUUCAGUCAAGAUCGAAGCGCCAGAUGGCAAAUCGAAGAGAAAAUCGCACGAGCCAGCAGAAGCGAGUCCCUUCUCCGACGACAAUCCAUUCCAGUCCGGAUCCAGUCCGCCGUCGAUUUCACAUCACCGGAAGUCCUCGACGUCUCGGACACGAAAAUCCUUGACAUCAACCAGCACCACAAAACGCGGGCAGACAAUUUCGCCCCGCAUCAAAUCAGAAGAGUUUACUCCGUCGCGCUCCAAGGUCUUAUUCCCGGUUUCUCGAAUAAGCUCUGCCGAAACCGAAGAGGGGGUCGCUGUUACAGAAGAGUUCACACCCGAUGCUGCACGUGAACUUGCGGAAGAAGAGAGGAACGGACAACUAAUGCCGAGUCGGACCUCAACUCUUGUAAGACGGAAAAAGAAGAAAGAACCGAAUGUGGUAGUGAAAAAUGCUCCUUUAGCCAUUAUCACGACCGUGCUCGCCGCUCUAGGGGCAUGGUACCGGCGAGAGAAGAUCAACAUUGGGUAUUGUGGGGUGGGAGAGCCCAACUGGUCAUUGGCCUCUAAUCCGCACAUCCCUGCUUGGGUACAUGAGAACUUCCAGCCAAAGUGUGAGCCCUGUCCGCAACAUGCCGUGUGCUACCCGAACAUGGAGGUAGAAUGUGAGAGCGAUUUUGUGCUCAAACCUCAUCCCUUAAGCUUGGGUGGCUUGAUACCGCUGCCACCAACGUGUGAACCAGACAGCGAGAAACAGAGGCGAAUUAAGGCAGUGGCAGACCGAGCCAUCGAGGAGCUUCGAGAAAGGCGAGCCGCCUAUGAGUGUGGAGGAGAUAUCACCAGCUCGUCAAGUCCGGUUCCAAGAGAGACUGAGGCUAUUGAGACGGUGGCAAAGUCCACAGCGCCGAAGUUGGAGGUUGCGGAAGAGGACCUCAAGCAAACAGUGUCGAAGUUGAGAAGGAAGGGAAUGACGGAGCAGGAGUUCGAAGAGCUAUGGCGCGGUGCGCUUGGAGAUAUCAAGGCGCGAGAUGAAGUCGAGGUCACUCAGGAUCGAUCCGGUAGAACUCUCCUCUCGUCUUCCUCCCUCGCCAGACUGCCUUUCGCCUGCGCCGUCCGACGAUCCCUUCUCCGAGCGUUUACAGAGAAUCGAAUCCCUAUUGCAACUUUGAUUUUGAUUGCGUCGGCUUUAGUCUACGGUCGUCACAGGAUUAUAUCGUAUCAGCGAGCCACCGGACAAAUUCCAGGGUUAGUAGCUACCACGCUGGACAGAUUAGCGACGCAAGCGGCUCUAAAUCGGGAUGGACGGGCCUCGGAACCGUUUAUCAGCGCCGGCCAAUUGAGAGAUGAUGUGCUGAGAAACGUGUUCAGUGCUUCAGAGCGGGAGCGUGUCUGGCAGAACGUGAGGAAGAUUGUGGAGGGGAAUUCUAAUGUCAGGGCUUCGACCCGGGAAGGAGGGAAGACGGGCGAGUGGAGUCGUGUCUGGGAGUGGAUUGGGCCUCUGGAUUUGGCGCCGGGACUGGAGGGACGAAGGUCAAGCGGGAUGAUUGCUGAUGCAAGGACUGCAGAAGGGAGCAGCCGUGGUAAUGGGGUGGUGAAAGUGGAAAACGAUUCAAAUGUGGGCAUCAGGCGGUGGGACGAGGGAAGACCGAUUUAUUGA